GGUGAGGGGAGGAGGGGAGGCGGCAGAGGGGAAGGGGAAGGAAUGUGAGGGCGUACAGGAGCGUGGGUCUCAGUAUAUAAGGAGCAGGCGUCACUCUCUUCCUCACUUCGGGUCCUGUUCACCUGCUACAGACAACGAUGAAGGCUGUGGUGUUCCUUGCUCUCUUGGGUGUGGCCGCUGCCCGCCCCCAGUUCCUGCUCCCUCACCCUCAGGCACCUGUCAUUACCUACAAGGCUGGGGAUCUUGAUGAUGACGCUAAGGUGAUCACUUCGCCGCUCGCCUACACCUUCCCCUCCACCUUCCCCUCCACCUUCCCCUUGACCUACUCCCACUACCCCUACACCUACCCCUUCAUCAACCCUCUGGUCGCCAACCCCGCCAUCCAGGUCCAGGCUGAGACCACCAGGACCAAGAGAGACGCUGACCCCGAGCCAGAAGCCGAGGCUGAGGCUGACCCUUUCACCAUCUACUCCGGCCUCCCCAUCGCUGGCACCACCUACCCCACUUACCCCACCUACUCCACCUAUCCCACAGUCUCCACCUACGGCGCCUUCCCCUUCACCUACGCCACCUACCCUCAGUACCCCUACACCAGCGUCAUCAAGACUGUCUAAGCAGGAACAACAAUCACCCCAAGGAAGAACACGGCUUAACGACGGAUGGCUGAUGACAAUCCAAACCUUUUUGUAACACGUGACUUUUCUUGUUAUUUGAAGACGUAGCUCCUCCCUUCCUCCUCCUCCUCCUCCUCCUCUUCCCUCCCUCCUCCAGAAAUGAGUAGGACCUUCAUGACACAUUUCCACGAUUAAACAAUGAAAUACCCCAA